CCCGCCCCAACCGCUGUUCCCGCGCUUUCACAAAACAGCCAUUGAAAACCUGCACUAAGAUUAGCUCAUCAAUCUGCCCUCUCCAUUCGAAUUUCUAUUCCUCCUUCUCUGUAAAUUCAUCCUAAAUUCAUUCUUCUCUCAAGCAACCAGGUUUUGAUUGACUGGACUCCGGCUCCGAUUCCCUCCCCCUUUUCCUCACCGGUCCCUGUCGAUCAAAACCUGCCGAUUUCCCCCAUUUUCACUUACUUGUAGCUUUCAGAUUCUUUCGACGAAGGUGUAGGAUUAUCGAUUAUCGUGCUAAUUGGAACAAUGGGCACCUCUGUCAAGGGCAACUCUGUAAAGGGCCUCUUAAAAGGACUAAGAUACAUUUCACAGAUUUUCGAUGAAAAGGAACAGGAAAUGCAGAUUGGGCUUCCCACUGACGUUAAGCAUGUUGCUCAUAUUGGAUGGGAUGGUCCAUCUGGUAAUCAAAAUAAUCCUGGCUGGAUGAACGAGUUCAAAUCCUCGCCACAAGACUCGGGGGAUUUGGUGAAUACUAGUGGGGAACUCCCCAUCAAAGAGUCUGGAGAGAUAGAUGUGCAAAAGGCAAAUCGAUCUCGAAAGUCGAAAUCGCAAACAUCAUCAGACACAUCUUUAGACUCUUCUUCUGCUCGGCGACACUCUGAGAAAGGUUCUAGGCGACAACGCUCAUCCUGCCCUUCAGGCGAAUCUGCUGCAGAAGGUAGUAAUCGAAGCUCACGACGUCAUCGUAGUUCGAAUCAAGGGGGUUCAUCAAGCUCAGAAAAUCCUGCCCCAAAACACUCACAUCGGAGGAAAUCUAAGGGGUCAUCUGACGGGGGUGAAUCAACAAAAUCCUCUAGAUCAAGGGAGAAUAACUCUUUAACAGACAUACCAACCCCAGCGUUGGAAGCAGUUGAUGAAGAACAGGGGUGAGCAGAAAUUCCAGACAAGGAACUAAACGGCAUUCUAGUCGAGCUGGGUGCUCCAGAUGGAUUCUCCUUGCCCGUAUAUGAACAUAAUUUUGUUGCCUUGGAGAUGAUAUGAAUCAUAUGACUUUAGCUUCAGUCAUCAGUUAUAAUUUUAUCACCAACAAAGUUGUCUGUGUAAACAUGUAACCAACAGUCAUUCUUCAAACGAUGACCCACACAUAAUCUGAAGCUUGAAUUUAUAUAUUCAGCGCCCCUUUUCAAUGCAGUGGUAUGAUCCUCAUAAAUCACUGAUUGACAGAACCAUUGUAGU